AAGCUGACGAAAAGUGUCAAUACUAGACCAUUUCAAUAUUCAUUCACAUCUACUGUUUCUUUCACUCUUCUCUUUUCUCCACUUUCUCACAAAAAGCUAUGCUUCAUUCUUUCACUACCUGCCUUAGCUCUCUGCGGAGGAGAGUCAUCGCCAAACUUACUAAACACAAGAGAAAUCUCUCUUCUUCUACUUUCGAUUUUUCAGAUACUCCAUCUUUUGCCUCCAUGGAAAUUCCUAACCAGUUCAAACAAGUUUUCAAUCUCAUCGACGCAAAUGGAGAUGGCAAAAUAUCUUCUUAUGAUCUGAUUGAAUUGCUACUCUGCCUUGGCUGUGACAAAUCUAAAGCGAAAGCCGAAGCUGAAGGUAUGGUGAAAGAAUUGGAUCGUAAUGGAGAUGGAUUUGUGGAUUUCGAUGAGUUUUUUUAUAUUUUGAAUAAUUAUGACGAGGAAGAUUAUCUUAUGGACGCGUUUAUGAUAUUUGAUGCUGAUAAAAAUGGACUAAUUUCUGCUAAAGAGUUGCAGAAAGUUUUAAGCAGGCUAGGAUUUGAGAAAUGUAGCCUCAAAGAGUGUAGGAUUAUGAUAAAAGGUGUUGAUAAGGAUGGUGACGGCUUUGUCGAUUUUGAAGAAUUCCGAUCAAUGAUGACUGCUAAUUGGGAGCUAAAAGAUAAUUAGAGGUUCAAUUCAACAAAAUUACCAAAUUCACUCAGGUCUCAAUGUAAUUAUGUUUGUUUAAAUUAUAUGUACAAUUUCUUGUAAAUAUGAAAGCUACUAAACCAAAUCUCUGUUAUCUUUGCUUCCAGUCACUUGCUUUUCUAGGUAGACAAGUUGCAGUUACUUCAAAAGAAGUAAAACUUGUAAAUUCAUAUCUGCAUAAAAAGAAAAUAAAAAGAAGAAGAAGAAGAAGAAGCUAGUCCAGUAGUUUUUUCUUUUAAUUAA